AUGGACAAAUGUAGUGUACAGGUGCAAUAUAACUGCUCUGCUGCCUGUCGAAGUGGAGUUGAAAUUGUUAUUUCAACCCCAAGAAGGACCGGAGUGGUAGUCUACAGAAGGACCUGGACUAACCAUAAGAGAUUUGGAAAACCCAGAUCCAGAACGGUUCCUCUGGUGUUUCCUCCAGCUGUGCUGUACCGUAGAGACCAUUUUGUCAGACGGCCACUGGAGACAUGUGAUGUGUUGCUGAGUGCCUGGAUGAUUUAUUUGGUGGAAGAGGAAAUUGGUGGCAGCUGUGCUAAAGGAUAUGAGCUUUAUAUGACUCUGUCAGUGUGGCUGUACUUGCUGAGCUGGUGCAGUCAGUCUAUGUGUGGAAUAAUCAGGCAUGUCAAUGAACACAGGAACUAUGAAAGUCCUCUCAUUUUGCUGUCUGACACAGGCGAUAUAGUGUUUGAGGUGCAAUUGGUUAAUGGAGAUGAUCAGGCACUUACAGCACACGCAGCUUUACCCCUCCAUACCUGGAUCCGUCUGGACAUCUUCUUUCAGGUUUCAGAGGCAAAACUCACAAUUAUACCCACAGGAAAAACUUUGGAGAUCACUCAUUUUUUUGAUUUUGAUCGGCCAGUUCAAUUCAAUGACACAUCAGGAUAUUUUGUUAUUGGUGGAUGCAUCUACAUGCAGGGGAUUCAUGGCUAUAUUGGACCAAUCAAAUACUAUCGUUUAGGCUCAGAAAAUGUGACAAACCCCCUGUCCCCUCUGAGGACGCCAAGAGAGCUGGACAGACUCCACAGACACUACGUUUGUGAGUCUUUUUAUGGAGACCUUAAGAGGAAGUUUGAUCGUAGGGAAUGCACACAAACUUGGUCGUGGGACCAGCAAAGAAGAUUCAACCUCACCCUGAGGCUUCUAGAAGAACAUCAGGAGCUCAUAACAGGUCUGGGCAACAGCAAAAGACAUUUGCUACGUGUCAGCCGAGUGAUUGGUAAACUGAAGUGUCAAACUCUCACAGAACAUGUUCAUUUGAACAAUGACGAUGAGCUCCACUCUCAAACGGGUGAGCUGGGCGACAUUGUGCAGUAUUUGAAACACCAGGCUGACAGAGGAGAUGUAGAAGCUCAGAAAACUCUGGCCAGGAUGCUUUUUUGGGGAAGUAACGGGGUGGAGAAAGACAUUCCAGCAGCAGUCAUAUGGUACACCAGAAGCACCCUGCAGAUGGUCGAUCCCACCGCCAUGUACGACUACGCCAUUCUCCUUCUGAAGGGCACAGGAGUGAAGAAGAACCGAACGCUUGGCCUUGAGCUUCUGGAGAAAGCUGCCGACAUGGGUUCUGUAGAAGCUUUGAAUGUCCUCGGAUAGUACUACAGUACCAUAAUAAAGGAUGGAAGAAAGGCCUUUCGAUACUUUGAGCUGGCGGCUCAGAAUGGCAGUUGUGAUGGGCUCUUCAAUGUGGGCAUAUACCAGUUAAAUGGUGACAAUCCUGACAAACCAGAUAGGAAUGAGGCUGUUGAAGCAAGUGAGAUGAAUGGACACCUGGGUUUCAUGGUUAAAGACGCUCUUCAAACUUAUCAAAGAGGAUCAUGGCAUGAAGCGUUGGUGAAAUAUGUCAUGCUGGCAGAAACUGGUCUCGGUGUGGCACAGCACAAUUCUGCCCAUCUGUGCGAGGUGUUGGGUCACAGUUCUGCCUGUCAGUGGAGGUACCACAACUACUCCACCUACAAUAACAUCCCUCAGGAAGUUGAAUCUAUGCAUGUGCUGAUAAUUGUUUGUGUGGAUCGUCAGGGGCUCUUUAAUCUGGCCAUGCUAAUUGAAGAUGGCUAUGACGUUCCUGACAUCAUUCUGGAUCGGAUGGGACUCUCAGCGGCACACAGAUUGAGCCGGAGCGCUGUGGUGGCACAUCUCUUAUCCAGUUUUGUUGCUGUCACCUUCCUCAACUGUCAAAGUAGAGAAGAUCUUCCAACUCAGAGGCAGGACUGCAGAGAGAGUGGUGUGUUUUUCACCACUAAGGGCAUCCGUGAAAGAGCUGACGGGGCUCAAUACCUCUUUUACGGUCUCAAGAACUGUAAUAUCUGA